UAGCGCAGCAGCUUUCAAGGCUUGCGGCGUUGCCAGGCCCAUAAGGCCGAGGCAAUGAGCCAAGCCAAGAAAACUGCAACGCUGGAGCAGGGGAGGCUAACGGGACCACACGUCAGAGGUAGCACAAAGCUUACUCCCUCUCCCUAUUUCUCUCCCUCUCGGACUUUAGCGUCGCUUGCUGAAGCCAAGCGGCGGCAGAGCGCUUUGUGCCCGCAUCCAGAGCGGAGGUUCAGUUUUUCGAUUAGUUAAAUAUUGUUUCUUUUACCAGUUAGUGUUUUGAAUUAUUUCACCGCAAUUUAUAGUUUUGAAUUCUUGUAUUUCACGCGAUAUUCAGUAAAAUUGAAUUAUUAUGACUUGGUCUGGUUCGAUUGAUCUUUCCCAGUACAUCAAUCUUUUUCCAAAGUUCUCAACGAGUAUUUCGACCCAGCGUCUCUAGAAAGAUAAGCGAGGCUACAAAAAUAACGCAAGGGGUAUCCGAUCUAAAAGCAGCAAAUAAUUAAGAUCUUCCAGAUAAAAUGCUAGAAAAAGGAAAUAUUGCUAUUGCUCUUGUGCAGCAAGGAAAAUACAACGAAGCCUUAGCAAUAUUUGAGGAAGCAUAUGAAGAUCAUAAAAAAAUACUUGGAGAAGAUCACCCUCAUUCUAUGAUGAUUCAACGUAAUAUAGGAGAAGCAUUAAAAUCUGUGGGAAAAUAUGAUGAGGCAUUAAAAGUCUUAAAGACUGUUUACAAAAAACAGAAGAAAGUAUUAGGUCCCGAUAGUCCAGAUACUAUAUUGACGGUAAACAGCAUAGGAUACACACUCCAUGGACAAAAUAAGUUAACCGAAGCUUUAAAACUUCUUCAGGAGUCGUUGGAGAAAUGUAGAAUAGUACUUGGACCAGAACAUCCCUCAACCUUGAAGGUUAUUAAUUCCAUCGCAGUAAUACUGACGCAAGAAAAAAAAUACGGCGAAUCAUUAAAGCACAGUAGGGAAGUUCUUAAAAUCCAAGAAAAAAUUUUGGGAAUCCAUCACAAUGACACUUUAUCUACAAAGCAUAACAUAGCUACAGCGCUUUUUGAAUCGGGUAAGCUUGAUGAAGCUUUAAAAAUUUAUAAAGAAAUCCGCAGUAAGGAAAAAGAUUCGACUCGCCCUGAUAGUUUAUCUACAAAAAAAAAUAUGCUGUUGAUUCUGACGAUACAAGGCAAACUUGACGAAGCUUUAAAAUUGAGUAAAGAAUUGCUUAACGCUCAAGAAAUCGUGUUCGGAAAGAGACAUAAAGAGACCUUCCUGACAAAGAUAUCGAUGGUAGAGAUAUUGAAUCGUGCGAAUAAGAGUUAUUCUGCUUUUAAAAUAUUGCGCGAAAUUUUUGAAACUGCCGAUGAUGAUAUUUUGAACACAAUAGGAAAGGAUAAAAUCACCGAAUGGAUGAACGGGGUGGAGAGGGAAACAGGUUUAUUAUUCAGUGUUAUUAGAAGAAACGACCCUGGAGAAUUACAAGAGCUAUUUGAUUACGGACGAGAUGUUAAUAGCGCGGAUAAAAACGAAUCGACUUUACUCCAUUAUGCUGCUGCGAACGGUCACAAUAGAAUUGUAGAGGUUCUAUUGAAAAACGGAGCCGAUGUUAAUUUGAUCAACAUCAAGGGAGACACGGCACUUCACGAGGCUGCAGCAAACGGUUUACUGAAUAUUGUUAUGAAUUUGCUCAAAUUCGGAUCGAUGUACGACGUACGAAACAAUGAAGGCGCGACCGCACUCGACCUGUGCAAAAAUGAGAAUUCUAGACGUUUACUGAAGUCGGUUAGAGAAGCAUUCGCGUACGCGGAGGUAGGAGAUGGGCGAAUUAUACAUACACUUAACGAUCUUCAACCUGACGAAUUAGAAGCUGUUCAAAAAACUAGGAACAAAGAAGGAAAAACGUUUUUUCAAUUGAUUAUUAUGCAGAAACACAAACACCUUCCUAAUAUAGUGCUGGAUAUUAUUCGCGGUAAAAAAAUAGUGUUUAAAUAGGGGCUUGUUUUAUAAAUACUUCGACAUAUUGUAAUCUAUUAUAAGUUCUGAUUAUAGUUUAUUUAGUUAAUUAGCGUUACCUGUAACAAAUACAAUUACAUUGUACUGAUUACGAUUGCUAAAUAUAUAAGAUACACAAAAUAAAAGAC